GCGAGACUCGUGGGUCUCCCUGGCGCUCUCUGCCUCUCAUAUGCGAGCGGAUUCUGGCUGCUGCUUCUUGGCGUCGAGACGCUCCGGGGCCCGGACCCGCCGCCGCUGCCUCCUCCUCCGCGCCCUUCCCCUCCCGCUUGCCGCUCUCCCCGCCUCCCCCCUCCCUGCUCUCGUCCCCUUCCUGGGAAUCGGCAGCGGCGGCGGCGGAGAAGAGGAAGAGCCCGAGAAGGCCCAGCCGCCGCCGAGGACCCCUGGCCCGACCUCCGCGCGGAAUCCCGCCCGGCCCGCCGGGGCCUGACUGGCUGUGGGGUGUCAGCUUAUCAAUACAGUUCUCUCUGAGAAGCCAGAAAGUAGGCAGCUCAUGACUUCUGAUCAGGACACUAAAGUUGUGGCUGAACCGCAGGUGCAGCAAGUACAAGAAGUUAAAGACAGUUCUCAUCUAGAGUCGGCCAAGGUUUCUGAAUUAAAUCCGAAUGCAAAAGUAUGGGGGAAUCACAUGUUACACCUGGAAGCAAGUGGCGCCACUGAUGGCAGUGUGAGCAAAACCUGGGAAGAAAUACCAGACCAUCCCCCAGAUUCAUGCAAAGAAGGUUUUUCUACAGGAUUGGACACCAAUGGUGAUGGUGACAAAAAGCACCAGAAUGAAUCACUAACAGAACUGCAAGAACCAUCACUUGUGGUUCCGGUAUCAGACCAAACAGAUAUGAACCCUUUGGCUCUUGAUAAUUCAGAAUAUGAAUCUCUGCAUGAAAACACUCAGACAGGAGGUAAAGAACAGCUGCAGCCAGAGGGUCAAGAGGACUUGCGAGAGGUGCUCAAAAAAACACUGGAGUUCUGUUUAUCUAGAGAGAAUCUUGCCAGCGACAUGUAUCUUAUCUCUCAGAUGGACAGUGAUCAGUAUGUGCCAAUAAUGACAGUAGCUAACCUCGAUCAUGUCAAGAAGCUAAGCACUGACAUGGAUUUGAUUGUUGAAGUGCUGCGAUCAUUGCCUUUAGUCCAAGUGGACGAGAAGGGCGAAAAAGUCAGGCCAAACCAGAAUCGCUGCAUUGUGAUUUUACGUGAAGUACCUGAGUCUACUCCAAUUGAAGAGGUUGAAGCGCUCUUCAAGGGAGAUAACUUGCCUAAGUUCAUCAACUGUGAAUUUGCCUAUAAUGACAACUGGUUUAUUACAUUUGAGUCAGAAGCAGAUGCGCAGCAGGCUUACAGAUACCUUAGAGAAGAAGUGAAAACUUUCCAAGGAAAACCAAUUAAGGCAAGAAUAAAAGCAAAGGCAAUAGCUAUAAAUACAUUUUUGCCAAAGAAUGGAUACAGACCUCUGGAUAUGAACAUCUACACACAGCAGCGUUACACAACAUCAUUUUACUUACCUCCAGUAUACAGCCCCCAACAGCAGUUUCCACUCUACAGCUUAAUUGCCCCACAGACUUGGUCAACGACACACAGCUAUCUUGACCCAUCAUUGGUAACACCAUUUCCAAAUACUGGGUUUAUCAAUGGUUUUACGUCUCCUACUUUCAAGCCAACUGCUUCUCCCCUGACUUCGCUCAGACAGUAUACUCCCAGAAACAGAAAUCCCAGCAAAUCACAUCUACGGCAUACAAUACCCAGUGCAGACAGAGGACCUGGACUUUUAGAGAGCCCAACCAUUUUUAAUUUUUCUGCGGAUCGCUUAAUCAAUGGUGUCCGGAGUCCACAAACAAGGCAGCCUGGUCAAAACAGAACACGGAUGCAAACUACUUCAAGUUACACUAAGAGGGAAGUAGGGAGUGGCCGAGUAGAACCCACUGCUUCAGAUUCUUCCCCAAGCUUAGGGCGAGGGAGAAAAAACACAUACGGCUAUCGGAAGAAGAGAGAUGACAAGUUCACAAGAGGACAAACACAGUCCCCACCUCCUCCAAAGCCUCCAUCUCCAAGCUUUGAAUUGGGAUUGUCCAGUUUUCCUCCAUUGCCAGGAGCGGCUGGCAAUUUAAAGACUGAAGACUUGUUUGAAAACAGAUUGUCAAGUGUGGUAGUAGGCAGUGGCACAUCAAAGGAGCGGAACCUCAAUGUAGAUGCAAGUACAAACACUGUUCCAUCGGGAAUUCCUCGAGAGCCUUUGCUGCCUGUUUCUUCUUCUCUGCCAGGAACGUUUGAAAGGUCUCCUUCCCCAUCCCAGACUCCUGACGAUUCCAAAGUUAUGGACAAGCAGCAGCAGAGAGACACGCAAAACACGGAAAGACUUUCUUCCACGCUUACUACCGCUUGUAAAUCAGUACAAGUCAAUGGGGCUGCCAUAGUUGAAUUGCGAAAGCCGAGUUACGCAGAGAUCUGCCAGAGGACAACAAAGGACCCACCUCCGCUGCAGCCCCAGAAAGAACAGAAGCCAAACACUGUAGGCUGUGGGAAAGAUGAACGAAAGCCCACAGAAAUGCUAGAGAGAAGCAAAGAGGCACCUCCAGUGAAGUCAAGUCCAGGGCAGCCCAAAGACCAGAGGAGACAGUCGGGACGCAAGUCACCUCCUCCAGCUGCUGGGAAACGCCUCACGAAAGAACAGAGCACCCCUCCCAAAUCUCCUCAGUGAAACUAGUGCUCGGGAGGGAUUCAAACAGUUCUGCUAUCCAUGAAGUAAACCCAUGUGGGCCACUCAGAGUACACAGGAAGAGUUGCUGGUUAGGAGCUUGCAGUGGGUGUUGAGUCUGCAGGAUGCCUGCAAGGGUAGUGUUGUUUUUUUCCUUUUGUGUUUUUGUUUUUUCUUUUGUAAAAUAGAUUUUCCUUUCACUUUCCUUGCACCUCCAUCCCCAGCAAAUUCCCGUUUGAGCAAACAGUCUACUCUGUCAGGGUUUAAUUAAUCUAAAUCUUACGUUUAGAUUGGUGCUGAACUGGAGGUGAUGCCUAAAGUCUUUUUUUCUCAAGAUGGAAAACAUGUUUACCUGACAAAAAAACCCAGUUUUUUUAAUGAAGCCUUCACAUGGCUGCAUUGAAUACAAACUCUACCUAAUGAGUUUUUUCCUAAGCAGAAUUGUGCUGCUGUAUAGAUCUUAAGUAACUGGUAUAAAGUAUAUACCUUCUAAAACGUCUAAAUGAUUCAUAACAGCAGCUAAUGUUUAGCUUGCAGGAAAAACAAGCAUUUUACAAGACCAUAAGACAUGUUUCUUCCCCCCCCCCCUCAUUUUAAAUUUUGGCUGCUAUAGCACAUUGGCAUAGAAAACUCUGUACUUUUUUAGUUUUUUAAAAAAUAAAAAUUAAUUCUAAUAUUUUAAAGUACAACCAUUUCUGUUCAGCCAAAAGUGAAUCCGAUGAAGAUCACCUGAGAGGCUUUACUAGAAUAUUUGUUGGGAUGGACAGCAAGCGAGUAACCAGCUUCUCCAUAAAUAAAAAUGGUUCCUUGAAUUUCAGGAAAAGAAAAGAAAAAGCACAUUGUGAAUAGAAAAUAAUUAAAUACAUAAACAUAAACCCUUGUUUAUGGCAGAUGCCUGUUGAUAGCUAUUUUUCAUAAGAUAGCACAACGGCCCUCAUGUGAGGAGGAUUUCCAUUUUUUUGCCUCUCAGCCAGAGGAAAUCAAUUUGAGUCACUGCUGUUCUUUCUGGUUUACCCCUGUGCUCUGUGUAGGUUUUUUAAAACUAUGCUCAAAGUGCUCUUUGAAAGAGUUCAUAUCUUAAUCAGCUGAAGGGCUGCCACCUUUCUGUAUCUACAAACAUUGGCAUUUGAAUUUAAAUUUUUUCAGUCCGUAAGAUAAUGGAGUUCUCUUUUUUUUGUGUGUGUGCAUGCGUGAGGUGAAGGAAGAGAUCCCUUUUUCCGCCCGGGGUGAGGUUUGUCACACUGACUUUAGAAGUGACAUGCUUUCUGAAGGACGAGGAUGCACUAAAUUAGCAAGUUUCUAAUAAAGUUGACUAUAAAUUAUUCUUUUUUGUUUUAAAAUGACUAAAGUUUUUUUUUCUUUGAGUGUUUGAAGCAGCAGGCGGUUCGGAUGAAAAUGUGUUCCUGCUGAAGACAGUUUAUUCCACAAAAAAAAAGGUUUAUUUAAACAACUGAUUUUUUAAAGAAUUAUUUCCAUCCAAUAUUUAAAGACUUGAAUUUUAUUUAAACUUGAAAAUGACUUUGCCUUAACUUUUGUAUAAGACAGCUUAGAGUUGCUGAAGUCUGACCCCUUUCAAGGGUUAGUGUGGGUGGCGCAUACAGAAUUACUCAGUUACAGUAUGUAUGUAUUGUCACUGGUCUUGCUGAGUAAACAUACUAUAGUACAGGAUCUAGCGGCGUUUUUUUUGUAAUAUACCUUAAAAGAUCUUAAGCAGUUGAUCUUUUUCAAAAUGUUGAAAAAUCUGUAAAUGGAAAUAGUCAAUACUGUAUUAAAUAUGUGCACUUGGAAGUGUGUGCUUUGAUUGUACAGUUGUAAAUAAUCAGAACAUAUAAAAAGGUACCCUUAAAAACUGAUAAAAAUUAUUGAUAUAUUAUAAAUGUUGCUGUUGAGCUGGAUGUAGAUAAACUAAAUGUUGUGGUUUGAAUAUUACUUUUAAUUUGUUGGGUUUUUUCCUUGUUUCUUUUUCCUUUAUUCUGGUAUGAUGAGCUGAUUCUGCCUCUUCACUGCAAAAGGGAAUUGGAGAAAGUCCAUCUUUAAAAGCCCUGACAUUUUAAAAUCUUUUGGUGUGUGCAUUUCAACCAGUGUGAAAACCAGGUUGUGCACUGUAAUUUUCAAUUGCGUUCUUAUAAGCUGCAAUUAAAAUAUUUUUUUAAAAUCCUGAGUUAGAAAGCAAUUGCCACACACCCAAAACCUCCCCAAAGUUUACUUCAAUCGCUUUUCUUAGGCCAAACCAUUAGCAGUUACUCGUGUUGGGUUUACGUUUCCACAUGACUUAUAAAAAGACUUAGGGCAGUUGAUUUCCUAGCAUAGAUUGCUGCUAUUUUUUAAUUCUUCCAUUCAGAACCUCAGCCUGCCUUUUGCACUGCAGAAUUUAAAAUCUGCAAGCUAGGCGCCUGCUUGUUCCUUUUAAAAGGUGCAUUUGGCAAUGCUGGAGGAGGAGAUGGGAUUCCUAUCAUUAGUCAUAAAUCACCAAACUGGUACUGUUGUUAGGUUUUAAUGUUUAUUCUUUGCCCGGUAAACAGUGAAAGUGGCAGCUAGAUGACGAUAUGGUUUAGGCCAGCUAUAGACUUUUUGUUUGCCUGUUGGAAGCAUACAGUAAACGGCUGCAAACAACAUAGGAGGUGGCCACAGUAAGUGUACAGCCAAUCAUCACAGCCAACCGAUAAAUUUUAGUUAAUAUUAUGCAAACCAGCAGGUGGGUUGUAUUGUUCUAAUGCAUCCUGCUGCCACUUCUACCACAUUAAUACACUGUAAUUACUUCUCACUGAAAUAACAGUGUGAGUAAAGAAUUUAAAACUUUACUGUGAUAGCUUUUAUUUAAAAAAAAAAAAGGAAAAGUGACAUGCCAAAUAACUUUUUCCAAUCACUUUAACAUUUCCCACUCAGACUGUAAGGAACUACUGGUGUAAAGCUGAUGUCUUACAGACCUGUUUACAUACAGCUGUUUAAAUCUUUCCUUUUAAGAAAGCACUCCUCCCCUGGAACCUGAGUCGCAGGUUAGAAUGAUAGGCACCAAUUUACCAUUUACAUAUUUUUUUUAAAAAAAUCUUGUAAGGAUUACUUUGGUGCUCUUCAUUCGGAAGAAUAAUGCAGGUUUUCCAAGGCUUUGUUCAAGGAAUGUAUUUAAAAUGAGAAUUUCCUUCUGACUAUUUAAUGUGUACAUUAAUUUUGCAUCAGCACUCCCUGCCCUCCCUCUUUUGAUUUUACAUCCUGUCCUAGAGAACUGGUAACAUGUCAGACUUUUUUUUGACGCCUCUCAUCUAAAGACAUAAGCGAUUGGCACAGAGAAGCGCUUAUUUCUGAUUGUGAUGCAGUGUAUCAUGGACAGCCACCGACUCUUAAGGGUCCAGACCCAUUUCUGUAUCCCUUGUAGCUCGCUGCAGUUUUUCGUGCUCUGUAACCUUUUACGCAGAUCACAGCAGACAAUCGAAGUCACUCACAGCUGCCAAGUCAGGAAACAGAAAGUGUAAUACAAUGGAGGCCUUUUUGGGGGGGAGGGUUUUUGUUUUGUUCUUCUUCCAUUUAAGACUGGAAUCAAGCUUACAUGUAAAACUAUUGGUAAUUUAAGUUUCCUUUUUGUGUCAUAAAAUGUACAACUGUCUAAAAAAAUGUAGGUUAUGAAAAAUAAAGAUUUAGGCACUGUUGAAUUUCUCCUUUUUUUAAAUUAAAUUUCUUACAACAGUA